UAAGACUCCUCCACCAUCAUUUUUCAGCACAAGGCAUUGAAAUCUUAUUGAGUCACGUUACGUUGCAGUUGUCUUUCAUGGCAUACGUCCCUCCACACAAGAGAUAUACGGAAGAUGAUGAACUGUUUUCUCAGGGAAACAGGGGUCCGAGUUCCUCUGGCUGUAGUCCAGAUAGGAAGAAAGAUAGAUGGUCUCGGGGAGAGGGAAUCAUUACGUACGCAGAAGGCGCAGAACAUAGAAGAUGGUCAAUUGGUUUGGCAGAGGAUGAUCAACCUUCUGAUUCAGGGAGCUCUCAGACAAGCCCAUGGGUGUCUAUAGCAAGGAAGAUACUGCCAGACCUACUUACAUGUUUCCAAAACAUCCGCAAUGAAGAAGAAUCUGGACAAGUAGCAACUCCUCUAUUUAUGGCCAGAUUUGGUUACAAAACUGAUUAUAGAUAUCAAGUGUGCAGGUUUAACGCCAAUGUUCCAAGUUCAUUUAUGAACGCCAUUGCAAGUAAUGUGGUCCAGAAGAUUGGAGUAGUUGAUGUUGAUAAAGAAUACGAGUAUUACCAUUUUAAGGUUAAUGACAAAUCUCAGCCGAAUGUAACUUUGUCGUGUACAUGUAGUUUGAACGAAGUUGACGGAGAAUGGGAACCAGGACAGAAGAUUGAAGUAAACCCAACACGCCACCUUGUACAUGAUAUAGCAUGUCAUGGGAAGAAGUUAGACUUGAGAUUGAUGCUAUCUACACGGAAAUUAUUGACAGUAUUGAAUGAAAGUGAGAAGCAUGAGCUCACGCAUCUGAUAAAAUAUGCAGUUCAGGAUCUAGAGGCUCAAGGGAGAAUAUCACAAUGCCAUCUUCAAUCGUUUGGACGUCAAUACAAAAUUAUUGAAGCUUGGCACACCAAGUCUACAUCUUUUAACAAUCCAUUGAUAAAACUCAAAGUAAAAGAUGGAUAUAAGUUUAAUUGCAAGAGCCAAACAAAGGAAGAUUCAAGGGAUAUAAGUAUUGAAAUGACCAGAGUAGUUGAGUUGUUGCAGGACCAAGCAGUAGACAGUGGACUUGUGAACAAGAUGCUUGAAGAGACUUUGAAAUUGAUAUGGGACAAUUUAUUGAGCUAUGAUGAAGAAGCACCUCCACCCUCUCCUAAUGCUGCUGAGGUCGUCACUCCAUCUCCCGAGCUAACAGAUGUGCUGUCUUCACUCUCUGAAGAGGAAUCUAGGUCUGGAUCUUCCUCCCCUCAAUCUGCUGAUAAAGAUGGUGUGGGCUUUACAGCUUCAAUGAACUCACAAGGAGGAGAGUUCUCAAGCUCAUCAGAGAAAUUGGCUUCAUCAUCAUCAGAAGAGAUGCGUUGUGGCUCAGAAGAUAACAACAUACUGGAGAAGUUCAAAACUGACAUGGAGAGUCGAGCUAUUCCAGUGCCACAAGGUGAGGAAGAGACAGAAAUCCUGGGUUAUAACAUUUCCAUUUCACUUGAGGACACACUCAAAGCGAUCCUGGAAAAGCAUGGAGACAUUGGGGCACCAGGAAGGUUGCGUUCUGGUCCCUUGAGAUCAUACACAAUGGCCCAUGUCUGUGCCCUGGUGAAAGACAUGCAGAAAACCAAAGUGAUUGAUAAACAGAAGUUGUUAGCUUGGAACGCAACGCUCUGUGAUGCAGAGAAGGUGGAAUUUGAUGUGAGGUGGCUGAGAAAAUGCCUGAAUGAAACGGCUUCGACUUGGGARUACUACAUGGGCUUGGCCAGGCGUGUAGAAAUUGGUAGGAUAGGAUUGAGUGUGCUAGAGAAGGAGGUGGAGAAAGCAGAGCGUGUGGCCGCAGUGCUCCAAAUGAGGCGUGAUAAGGCUAAGGCGGCAAUUCAGGCAAAGGAGGAGGAGUUGGCUGCAAUGGACAAUUACAUAAAUGGUGCAAUACGACAUCUUUAAUCAGAUAUUAAUUCCUACUUGUUUAUAUCAUUGAGCUAUCAGCUAUCAGUUAAAUAGUGACAGACUCUACUUAUUGUAAUUGGAAUAUUAAGCUAAUAGUGAUGGACUCCAUCAUGCAUGCCUCAGCUUGGUCCAAUAGAGAUUCUGGACCUGAUAGUGGUUUUCAAUUUA